GGAGGAGGAGGAGGAGGAGCAGUCCUGUAUUUUCUGAAGGAUCAUUCCAAGUUGGAUCAUUCGGACCGGACCGGACCGGACCGGGAAGGUGGGCUGAAUCCAGGGGGAGUGUGUUGGCAUCAUGUACUUGUCACCACCGCUGCAGCCACAGAGACAGUCAAUGUAACUGUCUUCAGUCUAACGCUCCCGACACAAUGGAUGGAAAAAAUGACAGCGUUCAGUGGAACAGUUCACGCGCGCAGACGCACCGUUUCAGCAACCUGGACGACAUCGACGUGACGGCGGACGGGAGCCCCGUCCUGAGGUUCCUCGUCUGCCUCGUGUACUCCGUGGUGUGCGCCGCGGGUCUCGUGGGGAACCUGCUCGUGCUCCUCUUCACCAGAGUCCAACAGGAGAGGAAGAAAUCCCAAGUGGACUUCUUGGUGCUCAACCUGGCGGUGACCGACCUGCAGUUCGUGCUCACGCUGCCCUUCUGGGCCGUGGACGCCGCGCUGGACUUCAGCUGGCCGUUUGGAGACGCCAUGUGCAAGAUCAUCCUCUCCGUCACCGUCAUGAACAUGUACGCCAGCGUGUUCUUCCUCACCGCCAUGAGCGUGACCCGCUACUGGUCGCUCGCCUCUGCCCUGAAGAACACACCUGUGCACACGUCAUAUUCCGCCAAAGUGACCUGCGCCGUCAUUUGGACUCUGGCGACUCUGGCGACCGCACCAACAUCCAUUUUCUCAACCGUCAGCAACGUGAGCGGAGAGAAGCUGUGUUUGCUGCGGUUUCCCGGCGGCCAGUACUGGUUGGCAGUGUAUCACAUCCAGAAGAUACUCGUCGGCUUUGUGCUGCCGAUGUGCGUAGUGUCCGUGAGCUACAUCCUGCUGCUGCGCUUCAUCCGCAGUCGGAGCGCGAGGACGCGCAACCCCAGACGGAGGUCGCAGGUCACGAAGUCCAUCACCAUCGUAGUGUUGAGCUUCUUCUUGUGCUGGAUGCCGAACCACGCCAUCACUUUGUGGAGCGUGCUGGUCAAAAUGAACGCUGCCAACUGGGACAGAGCCUAUUACGUCGUCCACACGUACGUGUUCCCACUGAGCAUCUGUCUGGCGCACACGAACAGCUGCCUCAACCCCAUCAUCUACUGCCUCAUGAGGAAGGAGUUCCGGAACAAACUGAGAAGUCUGAUCCACAGAUCUCAGUGACGGCUCCGUAUGUGUGUGCGUAGAGCGCAGCCAUACGCACCGAGCGCGCGCGGAGGAACGCGCACAAAGCACAUUUACGGUAAGCAUCAUUGUGCAACUGUCGGUCCAGCGAAAUGCUUGUCUUUAGAUGGAGCGUUUCUGCGGGGAACAAGGGCAGCUGCGCAUUUGGUGCGGUCAUUUUACACUGACUCAUUUCUGAUCCGCACAUAUUCUGUUAACGUCUCUGUAAAUGUUCAUCAGGUCACAACUUACGUGUUCGUGACCUCGUCACUUCCAGAAGCAAAGUAUUGUUAGUGAUCAUGACGUGAUUUAGUGCAAAAUGUGACAUAUUGUUGUAAUUAUGCAAAUAAUGUGUGUGAUAAUAAACGAUGUCCUGAAGCUUGAA